GCAAUAUUAAUAUAGUUCAAUAUAAUGUUCAGUUACUUAUAAAGUUUUGAAUUGAUUGGUUCAAAAAAAAAAAAUUAAAAAUGGGUGUACCAAAAAUUGCAUUAUGCUGUUUAGUAAUUUUAACUGUUGUUUCCUUAAUCCACUGUGCCAACUUAAAAACCAACACAAUAAACCAAGGUGGGGUGGACAAAAGCACAGCUCAAUUAAUCGAAUCCCUAAGGCACCAAAUAUCAACAAAAGAAGAAGAACUUCAAAAAGCUGAGAAAGUCAACAAAAAUUUCGAGAGAAUGAUACAACUGGUCAACAUCCUAGGACAGGUGGAUUCUUUUUUGACUGACAGAACCAAAAACAUGAUAAAAAAAUUGGCAGUACUGGCUGAAGACAAAACCGCCAACAUAGAAGAUUAACAUGACUUAGUUUUGUAGAAAAAUAAAUUGUUUAGAAACGCAA